UUCGGUGUAAAGCGUAAUGAGUCAGUUUUAGCACAGAAAGCAAACAAUAAACAAGGUUCAUUUUGACUAGGAGUGUAUACUCUGGGUCCGGAUUUUAAAUCAAAAUGUCUAGCUUGAAUAUGGAAUUUGAUGACGAAGACUCGAUUACUUUCCAGAGUCAACCAAUGGAAGAGGAUACAAUUCCUCAAACCAAGCCGUUGACAUAUGAUAUGGUUCCUAACUCGGCUGGUGGAUAUUCUUAUGAGAUCAAUGACGAGACACGGUUACUGAGAUAUCUUUGUUUAGGAACAGAGGGAGGGUCUUACUAUGUGACUGGCCAAGUUUUGAGGAGAGAAAACAUACUGUGUAUUGAUAGACUGAUAAUGAAUGGAAAAGGUCCAGAUGCAGUAAAAUUGAUAAAAGACGUGAGUGUAAAUGGUAGAGCCUGCAAACAAACACCAACAAUAAAUGCCUUAGCCAUUUGUGCAAGAUCCAACGACCCGAAAACAAAAGCAGCUGCCUAUAGCAUAUUGCUCGAUGUUUGCAGAAUACCAACCCAUCUGUUUGAAUUUGUCAACUUAUGCGAGCAAGAAAGUGCUGGUUCGGGAUGGGGAAGGGCUCAUAGAUCUGCCAUCGGUAAGUGGUAUAACCAGUUUGAAAAAGAUCCCAAGAAGCUUGCAUUACUAACAACGAAGUACAAGGCAAGACAUGGCUGGAGUCAUAAAGAUGUAAUUAGACUCGGGCAUGUGAAACCAAGAAAUAGUCCGGUCGGUUUGGUCAUCAGAUAUAUCAUCAAGAACAUGGAAGAUGCAACAUUUAUGCCCCAGUAUGAUAGAAAUCCAGAGAUGGCCUCGGUUAAAGCUUUCCUCGACGCAGUUGAACAGGCUAAAAAAUGCACAAAAUCAGACAUUGAGAAAUUGCGCGCUUUGAUUGCUGAACAUCAGUUAGUUCGAGAGCAUGUACCUACCGACUUACUGGACUCCAAAGAAGUUUGGGACACAAUGCUUCGUCUGAUGCCGAUGACAGCAAUGAUAAGAAACCUUGGGAAAAUGUCAAGCCUAGAGUUACUUGAAGUCGAUUCGUUUGGUGAAAAACUUGUAACCGAAAAGCUCGGAGACAAGAGUAUCUUGAAAAGGUCUCGAAUACAUCCAUUCACCAUUCUGAUAGCAUGGAACCAGUACAAAGCAGGUCGAGGCGACAAGGGAAAACUUUCAUGGCAGGUUAAUGAUAACAUAGUUAAAGCACUCGAGAAAGCUUUCUACGAAGCUUUCAGUUUCGUACAACCAACUGGUAAAAAAUUCUGCCUAGCAGUAGACGUGAGUGGUUCCAUGAGACAACCAGUCAUUGGUGCGUCGUCCAUUGAAGCCCGCGAUGCAUCAGCUGCAAUGAUGUUAUUAACGGCUAAGACUGAGAAAGAUUAUGAAGUUGUUGCUUUCUCAGAUGAACUGACAAGGAUGGAUAUAAGAAAAGAAGACACCUUGGAGACUGCUAUUCGGAAGUGCUCUGAUCUUCCAUUUUCAAGUACCGAUUGUGCCUUACCAAUGAAAUGGGCCAUGGAACAUAAGAAGAAGUUUGAUGUAUUCGUCGUGUACACAGAUUCUGAAACGUACUACGGAAAUAUUCACCCAGCAACUGCGUUACAACAGUACAGGAACCAUACCAAAAAUCCGGAAGCGCGGUUGAUAGUGGUCGGUAUGGUUAGCAAUGGUUUUAGCAUCGCCGAUCCCAAAGAUCCGCUAAUGAUGGAUAUCAUCGGCUUUGAUACUGAAGCUCCAAAGGCUAUGAACAAUUUCGUCAGUGGCAAAUUUUAACUGAAUAAAGUUUUUUUGGACUAUUGAUUAGAACUUUUAGUUGAAAUAGACGUAACAUUUUCAUAUAGAUAUCGUGGUUUGUGUUUGUUAUAUAAUGCAUCCAAUCACGUGACAUUGAAUUCACAAUUGUUUAUGAUUUUGCUUAUUAUUAAUACCAUGAACUAUUAUUGGCAUAGAAAAUUAACACCAUUAGCUACACAAGUCUUAUAUAAUUGUAUACAUGACAAUGUCGUAAAUUCUUAAACAAUAAACGAUAUUUUGCAAGAUCUGACACAAUGAUAUCCGAUAAAUAUACCCUAUAUAUGUAUAUUCUAUGCAUACUACCAGAGACAUUUAUACACAUAUAUGUGUAUGUCUCUGAUACUACUCAAACUUUGCACACUCAUUUACUUUGUACGCAAAAAGGGGCUGUAGAUUUUACUCAGAAGAGUACGUGUAAUCAUUUCAUUCGUAUUGAUGAUAUUGUAAAUAUCUUUUCAUUGCUGUAUUUUGAUUUUGAUUUUGAUUUUGUUUGUUUAUCAUAUAUGUAUAUACAAUGAAUUUUUUUAAAUUGUUACCAUGCAAGUGUUAAUUAGAUGAAUUCAAAUAAAAGAUUUACAAGUCAA